AAGCAGAUUCGGUACUGCAUAUAAAUCGUUGGAAGUAGCUAGCCAUGAAAAGCAGCACGCUGAUGGUGAUCAUGGUCCUCCAGGCCACUCUGGUCAUGGGGAUCUUUAUCCUCCCGGACAUGUGCAACGGAGAUGUGCAUGCAACGUCCGUGGGUGAGGGCAAGGCCAUCGACCUCAACCUGGGCAAGCUAAGGUGCUGCAGCAACUGCAACUCCUCCUCGGGCCUCUACACAUGCGAAGACGUCGUGAAGAUAUGCGACCCUGUCUGCAAGCGAUGCGCCGUCGUGAAGAAGAACCUUGUCAAGGAGUUCAGGUGCACCGACACCUUCCUCGGUCUGUGCGAAAAUCCGUGCAAGAACCACUGAAGAUGAAAGUAGCUAAUAAGCGGCACGCUAGCUGCUACUGUGAUUUGAUAUGUGCUACGGUGCACAGUAGGCAUGUAUGCCAGGAUUGGGAUUGGAUGAUUUUCGAUCCAUGUUAUACGCGGAACAGUAAGUCGUUGUUUACGUGUUUAUUGACACAAUAAAAUCGGUGUUAGAUAUUGGUGGUUAUAUCAUGGCAAUCUCCACAAUUUUGAUUCUAGAUAUUGGUGGAAUAGUUCCUAUAGGCUUGAGUCACGAUGUUGUGGAAAUUUAUUGAUGCACCGAAUCACAAGAUAUUUGACGUGUUAGGUUGAUCAUUUCUUGCGACGGCAACAAGCAUCUUUUCUCCCGUGAGGAUAUUUUACAUUAUUUUAGAGAGCUAGUAUUAAUCGGUCACAAGUCGGAGUAUGAAAUAUUGUCUGCAUAUCAAACAUACAUUGUUUUGCAAGUUCCUUAGUUGUGUCUGCUUAUCCUAUGGGACUGGCUAGAGGUCAGUUGACUGAAAAUAAAAUUUGGUCAGUUGACUGACCACAAGUUUGUUUCGGUCAAAACUUUAGAUUAGUUGUACGUGUUCAGGGCAUGCACACUCACACCUAGCCAAACAGGCACAAAUCACAUGCUUGGUCCAACAGACGAGAGCAUUCCAAUAUAAUUUUUCACAUGUUAUAUAGUAUUUGCGUGUAUACAUUUUAUACUCACUCAACAUCCCAAAAGUAUCCAUAAAAAACAAUUAAGAAAAUGAAAAAAGAAAAGCCAAAAAGGUAUACGAAUAGAAGAAAAACAUGAAACAUUGUCCCUCUAUGAAAAGACGAAAUGGCUUCAGCGCAAUAAGGAAUCGACUGACCCAAAACAGUGGUCAGUCAAAAAUUUCGGCCCAAAACAUGACUGUAGACACAACAGAAAAAAAAAA